AUGGAAGAGAUCCUGAGGAAGCUGCAGAAGGAAGCGUCGGGGAGCAAGUACAAAGCCAUCAAGGAGAGCUGCACCUGGGCCCUGGAAACACUGGGUGGUUUGGAUACUGUUGUCAAAAUUCCUCCCCACUUGCUGAGGGAGAAAUGUCUGCUGCCUCUCCAGUUGGCACUGGAAUCCAAGAAUGUGAAGCUGGCCCAAUAUGCCCUGGCAGGGAUGCAGAAGCUUCUGUCAGAAGAGAGGUUUGUAUCCAUGGAAACAGACUCUGAUGAGAAGCAGCUACUCAAUCAGAUCCUGAAUGCUGUGAAAGUGACGCCUUCCCUCAACGAAGACCUGCAGGUGGAAGUGAUGAAGGUUUUGCUCUGCAUCACCUACACCCCCACGUUUGAUCUGAACGGGAGUGCCGUGCUGAAGAUUGCAGAGGUGUGCAUUGAGACAUACAUAUGUAGCUGUCACCAGCGCAGUAUAAACACUGCUGUGCGGGCAACUCUCAGUCAAAUGCUGAGUGACCUGACUUUACAGUUACGACAGAGGCAGGAGAAUACGAUAAUUGAAAACCCAGAUGUCCCACAGGGAUUCGGGAAUCAAGGGUCAACAGUAGAGUCCCUCUGUGAUGAUGUUGUCUCUGUACUCACUGUCCUUUGUGAGAAGCUACAAGCCGCCAUAAAUGACAACCAGCAGCUGCAGCUGCUAUACUCUGAGUGUGUCCUGUCCGUGCUCAGCAGCUGCUCUGCCUCCAUGCACCUGCACCGGGGCUUCACAGACCUCAUCUGGAAGAACCUUUGCCCAGCUCUCAUAGUCAUCCUGGGGAAUCCAGUUCUUGACAAAACCAUCAUUUCAGCCCACAGCAGCAGCACCAGUGCCAGCGUUGAGUCAGACUCUGCAGCCCCAGGCGUUUCUGACCAAGGUCGGGGAUCAGGCUGCUCCUCCACGGCGCCAGCCCUGAGCGGGCCUGUGGCGCGGACCAUCUACUACAUCGCCGCUGAGCUGGUCCGGCUGGUGGGGUCGGUGGACUCCAUGAAGCCAGUGCUCCAGUCCCUCUAUCACCGCAUGCUGCUUUACCCCCCGCCUCAGCACCGGGUAGAAGCCAUCAAGAUAAUGAAAGAGAUACUUGGGAGCCCACAGCGUCUCUGUGAUUUGGCAGGACCCAGCUCUACUGAACCAGAAUCCAGAAAAAGAUCAAUUUCAAAAAGAAAGUCACACUUGGACCUUCUCAAACUCAUCAUGGAUGGCAUGACAGAAUCAUGUAUCAAGGGUGGCAUCGAAGCUUGCUAUGCUGCCGUGGCCUGCGUCUGCACCUUGCUUGGGGCCUUGGAUGAGCUCAGGCAGGGCAAGGGCUUGAGUGAGAGUCAGGUCCAGCUGCUGCUUCUGCGCCUUGAAGAGCUAAAGGAUGGGGCUGAGUCAAGCCGUGACUCCAUGGAGAUCAAUGAGGCUGACUUCAGGUGGCAGCGGCGAGUCCUGUCCUCAGAACAUACAUCCUGGGAGUCAGGGACCAAGAGGAGCCCUGACAUCAGCAUUAGUGUUACCACUGACACAGGACAGACCACCUUGGAGGGAGAGCUGGGUCAGACUACACCUGAGGACCAGUCUCACUACUCUGAAAACCACAAGAAUGGCUUCAAGUCACUAGCCAUCCAUGAAGACAAGGAGACUCUGGGCAAAGUGUCAGAACCAGAAACAGUUGACCAACCCGACGUUGUUCAAAGAAGCCACAUGGUUGUUUACCCUGAUAUAACUAAUUUCCUGUCAGUUGACUGCAGGACAAGAUCUUACGGGUCUAGAUAUAGUGAGAGCAACUUUAGUGUUGAUGACCAAGACUUUUCUAGGACAGAAUUUGAUUCCUGUGAUCAGUACUCGAUGGCAGCAGAAAAGGACUCUGGGAGGUCUGAUGUGUCAGACAUUGGGUCUGACAACUGUUCACUAGCUGAAGAAGAGCAGACCCCACGGGACUGCCUGGGCCACAGGUCCCUGCGAACUGCUGCUCUGUCUCUGAAACUGCUGAAGAACCAGGAAGCUGACCAGCACAGUGCCAGGCUGUUUGUACAGUCCCUGGAAAACCUCCUUCCUCGGCUCCUGGCUCUCCCCAGCGUAGAAGAGGUGGACUCUGCCCUCCAGAACUUUGCCUCUACUUUCUGCUCAGGCAUGAUGCACUCUCCAGGAUUUGACAGCAGCAGCAGCCUCAACUUUCAGAUGCUGAUGAAUGCAGACAGCCUGUACAUGGCCGCACACUGUGCUCUGCUCCUCAACUUGAAGCUCUCCCAUGGUGACUACUACAGGAAAAGGCCAGCCCUGGUGCCUGGCAUGAUGAAGGAGUUCAUGAAGCAGGUGCAGAGCAGCGGGGUGCUGAUGGUCUUCUCCCAAGCCUGGAUUGAGGAACUUUACCAUCAGGUGCUCGAGCGGAACAUGCUUGGCGAAGCUGGCUACUGGGGCAGUCCAGAAGACAACAGCCUGCCCCUCAUCACGAUGCUGACCGACAUUGAUGGCUUAGAGAGCAGUGCAAUCGGGGGUCAGUUGAUGGCCUCGGCUUCUACCGAGUCUCCUUUCACCCAGAGCAGGAGGAUUGAUGACUCCACAGUGGCAGGUGUGGCAUUUGCUCGCUAUAUUCUGAUUGGCUGCUGGAAGAACUUGAUCGAUACUUUAUCAACCCCCCUGACUGGUCGGAUGGCAGGGAGCUCCAAAGGACUGGCCUUCAUUCUGGGAGCUGAAGGCAUCAAAGAGCAGAACCAAAAGGAACGUGAUGCCAUCUGCAUGAGCCUCGAUGGGCUGAGGAAAGCUGCCAGGCUGAGCUGUGCUCUAGGGGUUGCCGCUAACUGUGCCUCAGCCCUUGCUCAGAUGGCAGCUGCCUCGUGUGUUCAAGAAGAGAAAGAGGAGCGGGAAGUCCAAGAACCCAGUGAUGCCAUCACACAAGUGAAACUAAAAGUGGAGCAGAAACUGGAGCAGAUGGGGAAGGCGCAGGGGGUGUGGCUACACACAGCCCACGUCUUAUGCAUGGAUGCCAUCCUCAGCGUAGGCCUGGAGAUGGGGAGCCACAAUGCGGACUGCUGGCCACACGUGUUCAGGGUCUGUGAGUACGUGGGCACGUUGGAACACAACCACUUCAGUGAUGGCACCUCGCAGCCCCCUCUGACCAUUAGCCAGCCUCAGAAGCCGUCUGGUGGCUCUGGACUUCUCGGGGACCCUGAGUGUGAAGGCUCACCCCAGGAGCUGAGCCUGGAACAGGGGAGCUCCCUAAGCUCGACCCCGGUCAUCCAGCCUCUCUCCAUCCAAGACCUCGUCAGGGAAGGCAGCCGAGGCCGGGCCUCUGACUUCCGUGGUGGUAGCCUCAUGAGUGGGAGUAGUGCUGCCAAGGCAGUGCUCACCCUCUCCACCCAGGCUGACAGGCUUUUUGAAGAGGCUACAGAUAAGUUGAACCUAGUGGCUUUGGGAGGUUUUCUUUACCAGCUGAAGAAAGCUUCACAGUCUCAGCUUUUCCAUUCUGUGAUAGACACGGUCGACUACUCUCUGGCAAUGCCAGGAGAAGUUAAAUCCACCCAAGACCGAAAAAGUGCCCUCCACCUGUUCCGCCUGGGGGAUGCCAUGCUGAGGAUCGUCCGGAGCAAAUCGCGGCCCCUGCUCCACGUGAUGCGCAGCUGGAGCCUUGUGGCCCCACACCUGGUGGAAGCUGCUUGCCACAAGGAAAGACAUGUCUCUCAGAAGGCUGUUUCCUUCAUCCAUGAUAUACUUACAGAGGUUCUCACUGACUGGAAUGAGCCACCUCAUUUUCACUUUAAUGAAGCACUCUUCCGACCUUUUGAGCGCAUUAUGCAGCUGGAGUUAUGUGAUGAGGAUGUCCAAGACCAGGUGGUCACUUCCAUUGGGGAGCUGGUUGAAGUGUGUUCCACCCAGAUCCAAUCAGGAUGGAGGCCCUUAUUCAGUGCCCUGGAAACAGUGCACAGCGGGAACAAGGCUGAGGUGAAGGAGUACCUGGUUGGUGACUACUCCAUGGGAAAAGGCCAAGCUCCGGUUUUUGACGUGUUUGAAGCCUUUCUCAAUACUGACAACAUCCAGGUCUUUGCUAAUGCAGCCACAAGUUACAUCAUGUGCCUUAUGAAGUUUGUCAAAGGACUAGGUGAGGUGGACUGUAAGGAGAUUGGAGACUGUGUUCCAGGACCAGGAGCCACCUCCACAGACCUGUGUCUUCCUGCCCUGGAUUACCUCAGGCGCUGUUCUCAGUUAUUGGCCAAAAUCUACAAAAUGCCCUUGAAGCCAAUAUUUCUGAGUGGGCGGCUUGCUAGCUUGCCUCGAAGACUUCAGGAGCAAUCAGUGAGCAGUGAGGAUGGCAUUGAGUCAGUUCUGUCCGAUUUUGAUGACGACACUGGUCUGAUAGAAGUUUGGAUCAUCCUCCUUGAGCAGUUAACAGCAGCUGUGUCUAAUUGUCCACGUCAGCACCAACCACCAACCUUGGACUUACUCUUUGAGCUGUUGAGAGAUGUUACCAAAAUACCAGGACCAGGCUUCGGUAUCUAUGCAGUCGUUCACCUUCUCCUUCCCGUGAUGUCCGUUUGGCUCCGCCGUAGCCACAAAGACCAUUCUUACUGGGAUGUGGCCUCUGCUAAUUUCAAGCAUGCCAUCGGCCUGUCCUGUGAGCUGGUAGUGGAACACAUUCAAAGCUUUAUACACUCAGAUAUCAGGUAUGAGAGUAUGAUCAACACCAUGCUGAAGGACCUAUUUGAGUUACUGGUAGCGUGUGUGGCCAAGCCCACAGAAACCAUCUCCAGAGUGGGCUGCUCCUGUAUUAGGUAUGUCCUUGUGACAGCGGGACCUGUGUUCACCGAAGAAAUGUGGAGACUUGCAUGCUGUGCCCUGCAGGAGGCCUUCUCGGCCACCCUCAAACCAGUGAAGGACCUUCUGGGCUGUUUCCACAGUGGCACUGAGAGCUUCAGUGGGGAAGGCUGCCAGGUACGGGUAGCAGCCCCUUCCUCCUCCCCCAGUGCCGAAGCAGAGUACUGGCGCAUCCGAGCCAUGGCUCAGCAGGUGUUUAUGCUGGACACCCAGUGCUCACCAAAGACCCCCAACAACUUUGAUCAUGCUCAGUCCUGUCAGCUCAUCAUUGAGCUGCCUCCCGAUGAGAAACCAAACGGUCACGCCAAAAAAAGUGUUUCCUUCAGGGAGAUUGUGGUGAGCUUACUGUCUCAUCAAGUGUUACUACAGAACCUGUAUGACAUUUUGUUAGAAGAAUUUGUCAAAGGCCCCUGUCCUGGAGAUGAGAAGACGAUCCAGGUGCCAGAGAACAAGCUGGCGGGCUUCCUCAGGUACAUCUCCAUGCAGAACUUGGCCGUCAUAUUUGACCUGCUGCUGGACUCAUACAGAACGGCCAGAGAGUUUGACACCAGCCCCGGGUUGAAGUGCCUGCUGAAGAAGGUGUCGGGCAUUGGGGGCACCGCCAACCUCUACCGCCAGUCUGCAAUGAGCUUUAACAUUUAUUUCCACGCACUGGUGUGUGCUGUCCUCACCAAUCAAGAGACCAUCACUGCUGAGCAAGUGAAGAAAGUCCUUUUUGAGGACGAUGAGAGAAGCACAGAUUCCUCCCAACAGUGCUCCUCAGAAGAUGAAGACAUUUUUGAGGAAACUGCCCAGGUGAGCCCCCCAAGGGGCAAGGAGAAGAGGCAGUGGAGGGCAAGGAUGCCCUCUCUGAGUGUCCAGCCCAUCAGCAAUGCAGACUGGGUGUGGCUGGUCAAGAGGCUUCACAAACUGUGCAUGGAGCUAUGCAACAACUAUAUCCAGAUGCACUUGGACCUGGAAAACAGUGUGGAGGAGCCACCUCUCUUCAAGAACGACCCAUUCUUCAUCCUUCCCUCCUUCCAGUCUGAGUCAUCCACUCCAUCCACGGGGGGCUUCUCUGGGAAAGACACGCCUUCGGAGGAUGACCGAAGUCAAAUACGGGAUCAUGUCGGAGAUGGUUUGAGGGCAGGCAGUGGGGACGUGCUGAUGCUGUCCCCUAGCCCCAAAGUGGAGAAGAAGGACCCCAGCCAGAAGAAGGAGUGGUGGGAGAACGCCGGCAACAAGAUCUACACCAUGGCAGCCGACAAGACCAUCUCAAAGUUGAUGACUGAGUAUAAAAAGAGGAAACAGCAACACAACCUUCCCCCGUUCACCAAAGAAGUCAAAGUGGAGAAGAAGGGGGAGCCGCUGGGCUCCAGGGGUCAGGACUCCCCACUGCUUCAGAGGCCCCAGCACUUGGUGGACCAAGGUCAGAUGCGGCAUUCCUUCAGCGCAGGCCCUGAGCUCCUGCGGCAGGAAAAGAGGCCCCGCUCGGGCUCCACCGGGAGCUCCCUCAGCGUGUCCGUGAGAGACGCUGAAGCACAGAUCCAGGCAUGGACCAACAUGGUGCUAACAGUUCUCAACCAGAUUCAGAUCCUUCCAGACCAGACCUUCACUGCCCUCCAGCCAGCAGUGUUCCCAUGCAUCAGCCAGCUGACCUGUCACGUGACUGAUAUCAGAGUUCGCCAGGCUGUGAGAGAAUGGCUGGGCAGAGUGGGCCGUGUGUAUGACAUCAUUGUAUAAAGACUCACAUUCCAUUCCCAAGGAACUGAAAUAGCAAGGGUUAGAGUAUGCCUGCCAACUCAACUGAUAGCAUUUUCUCCACCCACUUAAAUUCAUCUCUCAAAGAACAGUUUUCCCUAAUGUGAAAAAUAAAAAGGAAAAAACCUUUCUAGCCACUCCCUAACUAAUCAGCAUUGGUGCCAUUUGGAUCCUGAGGUGGUAUCUAGAUGACACAAAUGAUGCUCUGAGUUUGCACAUUAUUUCAGAAGAGACUCCAUCCCUUGACACAUCUUUACAAAUCUUGAAGUUUAUUUCCCAGAGCUUUUGCUUUCACUGUUGUUCCCAAAUGGGUCAAUUUCAAAGACUACUCCUUUGAAAACACUGCAUUGAUCCAUUUGAUCUACAAUUUGAAAAAAUAAGUGUAAUUUGCUAUGGAAAUAUCUGCUGGUAAGUCAAGCUGAUGUAUAAAUACUAAGAAGUUAUUAAAAUUGGAGGAAGAUUUGGAUUAUGGGUUUGGUUGGGAAGAAAACAGCUUCAAAAACAUAUUCUUGGGUGUAAUAAGAAAGGGAUGACUUUUGCUGCAAAAUAUUCCAGGACAUUUCAGAAUUUUUCUUAUCAGUCUUCUCAGGUUGGUAUAUACCAACUCCCAUGUAAGGUACUGUUGUGCCUUUGUUUCCCUAUUUCUAGAGAAAGGAACUUCUUUCCUGGCAGGGUUUAAGUCUGUGGCAGGGCAGUCUUUGACGCAGAGUCCCCAGUGAUACUGGCUGAUAAUGUAUUUUGCCAACAGAUGUCAGACUGACUAGCCACCCUGACAGU